AUGGAUGUUAAGCAAGAAAGGAAAGCGGUUGUUGAAGCUAUUUUUAGAAACAAGUGUGAUAACUAUCUUUAUGAGUACCUAAUAAAGCGAAAAGAUCAAACUUCUUUUACGAAAGAUGCUCAAGCUGAGUAUGAUGGUUCAGAUAAUGAUCAGAUGACUUUCGCUAAGCAAGAGUAUCUGCUGGUUACUCUUGUGAUGAUCUGCUGGUUCAAUCGAAGUCUCACUUCAUCUAAGCAAGAGCAUCUGCUAGUUGCUCUUAUGGAAAAAAAGAUGCCAGCCAUAAUCCGCUUUUGGAAGAUAGUAGCUGAAGAAAGAGAGACAGAAUCUGCUAUCAGAUCUGCCUCACUAGGACACCUUAAUAUAUUCGGAAAAUACUUACUCAGUAUGCUCAUGCACAGGAAACAUCAAAAGAAGCGAGAAAAUGAAGCUGAAGGAAGCGUUUCACGUAAAAAGCGUAUAACAUUAACUUCUGCAGAUGCAAGAACCAAUCGAGAUCAUAACCCACCUUCUGAUUUUAACUACGUUAACUGUGAAGAAGGUGAAUAUUAUGAUGCCAGGAAACGACAUCAGAUACUUUAUUCAUGGAAGGAUGCUAUAAAUAAGAUUGAUUUCAGAAACACUUCCAAAAAGGAUGUGAACAAAAUCUUUCAAAGACAAUUACCUUCGAGUUUGCCACCAGUAGUGAAUAAUAUGACUCUUGAAUAUUCUUCUAUGUUGAAUUCUUUUACGCCAUUGAGUAAUAUUCAGGAUGUAUGGUAUGCUAAUUUUUCCAAGGUUGCAGAAUUGAAUGAUCAAGAUAAAGACAAAUUUUGUCAGGCUCAAAUCAUUCUUCGAAAUUUUUUAUUGUUAAGUUCGAGUUCGAAAGGCGUGAAUACCAAUAAUGAGGACACCUUUGUCCAUGAAAUUUUGCACAACCUACUGAAAGAAAUUUUCCGUGAUUCAAUGUUUGAGUUGAUAUGGCAAACAGCGAGAGUUCUAUUUCAAAAAAUCAGCGUUCUAGCAGUCCUAGCAAUAAGGAAAACUCUUGAGAUUCUUUUUGGUGAAGCUAAACUGAAAGACUCAUCAUCUUUAUUGAUCAAUAAAGAUUUUGUCAAACUUUCCAAUUUCCAAGCAGAUGCAUUAGAUGAAUUGAUCAAGAGAUAUGGAAACAGGAUUGGUUUGACUUCUUUCAGUAUUUGGGUUUGCGGCGCACGUAUUCGCAUCUAUAAAAUGGAUAUAAAUUAUGACAGAAUUUAUAGAAUGUUCUUGACAGCAAAUGUAAUUACCCCGACAGAACAGGCGCAAUUUUUAAGUUUGAUAUCAGUGCUAGAAGCAUUAUAUAAUGUCAAAGACUGUAUUUCUGAGACAUUGAAGGUAAUUGCUUCUAACACACCACCUAGUUCUCCGUCACGUUCUACUUAUUGCAGAAUGCUCAUCUCCUCACCUAAGCCUGUCAAGGCUUAG